AUGCUGUACAUGGGGAUCGGGGUGGUUGACGGGGGUGGCAGUUCUAGUUCUUCUACUCCCCUUCUUCUACUACAGCAAUACGCACGCCUGCGCGUUGCACAUCCGUCGUGGCAACUCACUGUCCAGCGACAGGUCGCCAAGAUUGUUCCUGCCACUGCUAUCCCUGAUGGUUGGAUGGGUCUCGAUGUUGGCCCAGAUUGCAUCAAGACUUUCGCCGAAGCCUUGGACACCGCCAAGACUGUUAUCUGGAACGGUCCUAUGGGAGUCUUCGAGUUUGAGAAGUUUUCCGCAGGCACUGAUGCAAUCGCGAAGCAGUUGGCUGAGCUUACUGGGAAGGGUGUGACGACCAUCAUCGGUGGAGGUGACUCUGUUGCUGCUGUUGAGAAGGCUGGGCUGGCCGACAAUAUGAGCCACAUUUAG